GACUGGACCGUCGAUUGCACAUCGUCUCAUAUAACCUCGUCAACCGUGUCACGUAUCUUGUUUGUGAUACGAUAGAAGCUCCGCCAAGUGAACCGGAGUUUGUGGCUCUUUCGAAAGACCAUAUUAUGAACAUCCAGUGGUGAAGAAAGGGUCUGGCUACCCUCUUUACAAAUCAUGUCGCUCACUUUCAAAUUACUCUCACUCGCUAUUCGUACUGCCGCAAAGCCUAUCGGAAAUUAUAUCAAACGGCAGGCGAAAGAACAUGACGGCUUCCGAUAUUUCGCAGUCGCUCAGGCACAACGCCUACAUCGAAUAGAUAUGCGAAUGCGGCUCGGCAUACUCCACGACUCAGCAGCGCAGGAGCGCAUGCAUGAACGAGAGCAGAAGGCCGCAGGGGAGAAGAAACGCAAAGCUGAGACGCCUAUUGUACGAACGGAAGCCGAACAAAAGAAAUACGACGAGGAGCAGGAACGACUCGAGCGGGAAGGACCCAAAAAGGAAGAAAGUUCCAAGGUUCAGAAAGUGAAGAUCAGACCUCUUUCAGAGACGCGUGCGAUAGAAUUGGGCGCCAAUUUCUUUUCGGAGGCCUUCAUCUUUGGCGUUGCUGCUGGAUUGUUGAUCUGGGAUGCUUGGCGAAGUCGGAAGAAGGAAUCCGCCCGGCGGGACGACGUGGCAGAGAGAUUGGAGAAGCUCGAGGCAGAAGUUGAAAUGCUCCGGAGUGAAGUGGACCCAGAUCUGGAGACGCUGAAAGACCUUGGGCGACGAAUUCACGCCGCGAAAGAAGCCAAAUCAUCAAGAUGGUGGAAUCCUCUUUCCUGGGGCAGCAGAACAGUCGAGGACACUGCCAUUAUGGAGGAGACCAAUGAUCUUGGCAAGGCCCCGCCGCCUGAGCCACCCAUCACGCCGAUCAAAAAGAAGGUCGAGCCGAGCGAACCCGUGGCGGUGACGAAAAUUGCAGCUCCGAAGGACACUGCCACCAAGGCUCCUCCCGCAGAGCAGAGUGAAGCUGAGGAACAGGGUGCUACCAAACUGGUCGUUUCCAAGCAGGAAAAUGAAUGACGGACGCAAUCCUUGAAAAUCUGUAUUAUAGGAGACGUUCACGACGUCCUGUCGACUUAUUAUUGAUAGAUGAUACCCCGCUCACGUGGUCUUGAACUCAGCAUCUCCAAUCAUAUUAUGAUACCAUUACUAUUCUUCUGCUGUUCCAUCG